AUGGGUUACACACACUAUUGGGAAGUCAAAGACCAAACCACAUGGUCCGAAAUCUGGCCUCAACUAAUUUCCGACGCCAAUCACAUCAUCAAAACACUCGAAAAAAGUGCUCCUCUCCUCGACGAGAGAGAUAACUAUCAUCUCCCCACUAUCGAACGCGGAAUUUUCAUAAACGGACAAGACGAGCAUGAAGAUUUUAUCCUGACCCAAUAUAAAAGCUCUGGUAUUAACUUUUGUAAAACCGCAAGGAAGGAAUAUGAUGCUGUUGUCGCAACUAUUCUCAUGCGUGCGAAAUUGUUGGCUGGGGAUGGGUUCAGUCUUUCAUCUGACGGUGAUUGGGACGACGAGUGGCAACACACUUUGAAAGUUUAUGUCAAAUUAUGGCCAGAUGAGAAGCCUACUGGAAAUAUCUUUGACUCCGAAGAGCAGUAUUGA